AUGGCUCUGGACGUCCUAACCGUGGCCCCCCUCUACCAAGGUCUUGAUAUCAACAAAAUAAGGCUGAUAGCCCAGACAACCAAAAAGUCCACCACCCCGCCGAAAGCCCUGACCCCCGCCAAGACCAAACUCACCACCAUCGAGACCAAGAGGAUCAUGUCUGUCCUGGACGAGACCAUCCACAAGGUGGAGCUGGUGAGCCUGCUGUCCCACGCGGCGUCCGAUUCCAAGACUUCGGAGGGGAUGCUGGGGCCGGACAUCGCGAAGGCAGUGAGGGAGCACGAGGACCUCUGCCAGACCUUCCUGGGCCGAGUCAGUUACCUGCAGGAGGAAGAAAGGAAACUGAAGGAGGCGGAAGAGUUCGAGGAUGAAGCGUGGUUCCGAGAGCGCCUCUUCGCCAUGGACGUGCAGAAAUCCCAGCUCCCGCCGCUGAUGCAGGGAAUCAAAGAAUCCACCAAGAACGUCGUGAGACUCCUGCUCAGUAACCCCCAGGCCGCCAGCCUGCUGCAGGCGCAGACCUUGGGCAGGAGCAAGGAAGCCCAGUGUUUUAUCGAUAGCCUGGUAGAACUCCGAGGUUUCCUGUUUGAGAAGUUACUCACCAGUCCCAUGGAAGCCAGAGACAAGAUCCAGUUCAUCCAGGACAUCACCCGACGGAAUCGGAGGCACCAAGAGAUCAUCGACACCCUGGAAAAUGAACUGGCCGCCUGUGUGAGGAACAGGAAUGCGGAGGUGGAGAAGGAGAACUUUGUGAUCCAAGAGCUGAAAAACCACCUGCACCAGGUGCUCAGGUUCUCAGAGAACAGCCUCCUGCGCACCAAGCAGGAGGCGGAGAAGCAGCAGAAGGCGGACUUCCGGGCCUCGCAGGCCAGGGUGGCCGCGGUCCAGCAGGAGAUCCUGGUGCUGCAGUCGCAGUUCCACAACCUGGUCAUGGAGAACCGGGACACAGAGCAGGCGCUGAGGAAGAAAAAAUAUAAAGUGGAAACGGAAAUUGAGAACUGGAUCCAGAAAUACGAUUCAGAGAUGAGUGAAAAGCAGGACGAGUACGAGGAGCUGGACAUCAUCCACCAAGAGGAGCAGCUCCAGCUGGAGGAGCUGAAGAAGCGGUACGACGUGCUGGUGGAAGAGUUCUCCCAGAUCCAGGCCGAGCGCGAGAUCUUGGCCAAGAAGAGGCUAGAGGACGAGCAAGAGAUGGUGCGCAUGGCGCGGGCCGCCACUCUCAUCCAGGCCCUGUGGAAGGGCUACCUGGUCCGCUCCAUGCUCAAGUCCAAGAAGAAGAAGCGGGGCAAGGGCAAAGGAGAGAAGGAGAAAGGCAAGGGCAAAAGAAAGGGCAAGAAGUAA